AUGUGCUCUCUCAGUGCAGCCAAUGCCAAGUUCUGUCUUGACUUUUUCAGAGAGCUGAACAAAAGAAAAAGAAAUGAAAACAUCUUCUUCUCCCCAUUAAGUCUGUCAGCUGCCUUUGGAAUGGUUGUCCUUGGAGCCAGGGGCAGCACACUCGAGCAGAUUGAGAAGGUCUUUCAUUUCAGAGAAGUUUUGAGCAGUACGAGACAGGAAAACAGAUACCCUUCUGAGGAGUGUGAUGAAGAUGAAGGAGUCCAUUCCCAGUUCCAGGCUCUGUUGGCCGAAAUCAGUGAACCUGGACCAGGCUGCUGUCUCACCAUUGCCAACAGGCUCUUUGGAGAAAUUACUUAUCCAUUCUUCCAGCAAUACUUGGAUUCCACAAAGAAAUUCUAUCGAGCAGAACUGGAACCAGUAAAUUUUAAAUACACUGAAGAAGAAGUCAGAGACAAAAUUAACUUCUGGGUUGAAAAUGAAACAAAAGGUAAAAUCAAAGACCUAUUUGCUGCUGGUUUUAUUGAUCCCUCUACUGUACUUGUCCUGGUCAAUGCUAUAUAUUUUAAAGGAAAGUGGGAAGUAGAAUUUAAGAAAGAAGACACUAAGGAAGCAUAUUUCCACCUGAACAAGAAUGAGAGAAGAAAAGUGCAGAUGAUGUUUCAAGAAGGGUAUUUUAACAUGACCAUCAUAGAGGAACUGAAAACAAAAGUCAUAGAGCUCCAAUACUUCAAUAAUGAACUGAGCAUGUUCAUUCUUCUUCCUGAAGACGAUUGUGAGGACUUCACUGGCCUAGAACAGCUUGAAUGUGCCCUCACCUACGAAAAACUGGCAGAAUGGACCAGCUCGGCUACGAUGCAACCACUGAAAGUGAAGGUGUACCUGCCCCAGUUCAAGAUGGAGGAAAGUUAUGUUCUCAACAGCACUCUCCAGGAGAUGGGAGUGAUGAAUGUUUUUGACUGGGGAAAAGCUGAUUUGUCAGGAAUCUCUAUGAAAGAUGGCUUGGUUGUGUCCAAGGCCAUCCAGAAGACAAUCAUGGAAGUCAAUGAAGAGGGCACUGAAGCAGGUUGUUCCAUGGGGCUUCUUGCAAUGCCUCUGUGUUGCCCAGUAACUUGUGAGUUCAGAGCUGACCAUCCAUUCCUCUUCUUCAUCAGACACAACCAAACCAACACCAUUCUCUUCUUUGGAAGAUAUUCCUCUCCUUAAGUGGAGGUUAUAUUGGAAAUUGGCUCUUUUUUCCCACUUACAUCCCAACUGGCAAGCAAUAAGGAUAAAAGACAAAACAAAAGCCAUUUCUCUAGAUUUUAUCCUAAAGUCUAGUUUGCUGUAAAUAAAAAUACUAUCUGAGAAGACCCAAAUUAAAGAUAAAACCCUAAACCCCAUGAAUUUUAGGCAUAUUUUACUUUUAGGAGACCUCAUGAAAAUGACAUCUACUUUAAAAUACACUAUGAGGUAUUUGCCAAAAUGCUAUAGUCCUCUAGAAGUAUCUUCAAAGUAAAUUUUACUUUGAGCCUUUCUUAAUGCUGUAGGGAUCCAAUAAACCCAUGACUUUAGUGCCCUGAAGAUAAGUGUUACCUUCUCUCACAUGAAGUAGACAGGAGGAUAGGGAUCUGCAUUAAAAGCAUAACCUCAGGCACUUGGUCUCUUUUAGCCUUACCUACCUAAGGUCUCAAGGAAAAUACCACUUUAUAGGGGAGUAUCAAAAUAUUCCCCUAGGGCCUCCUAUUAAAUACUGACUGGGGGCAGCGUUUCAAACUGGAGCUCUCAGGGUUUAUUCUCAGAGAGCAGAGAAGACAGAAGAUUUUCUGGUGUAAUUUUGCUUGCUCUCAAGAAAGGCAGACGCAUUGCUUUUUUUUUUUUGUGAAAGACCCUGUAUGUGUGACCAAGUUCUCCAUCUUCCUCAUAAACUCCCACAUAAUAAAACCAGGGUUUCAGAAUAAUGGAACAAUUUUCUGACAAGGCCUGCGCUGUGAUGGCUGGGAAUAAGACAUGUAAUUCUCACAUUAAAUUUUAAGUAGUGGUCACCCAUUCUCACUUCUAAGAGUCAGCUCUGUUUCAGCCUCAAGGUAGCAUGAGUUUCUUGUUCCAGCUAUUUUAUUAAUCAUUAACAUUAAAAAAUUUUAAAAAUCUGUAGUGAUGGUUUUUAAA